CGAAAAUCUUUUUGCUAGUCGGCGAUUCCUGCGCGCGCAUGUUCACAUUAAAUUCUGUGAAUAUUUCGAAAGUAAAUUAGUGAUAAAAUAAUACAAUGGCUUCGACCGCGAAGCAAGAGGUUAACGGCGAAACGCGGCCUUGUUUUGGCGGAGCGUGUAAAAAAACAAAAAUGGAAAAUAAAGUGACUGUAGUACUUGGUGCUCAAUGGGGAGACGAGGGCAAAGGAAAAGUGGUGGAUCUGCUUGCUGUAGACUCGGACAUCGUGUGCCGCUGCCAGGGAGGCAACAACGCAGGCCACACAGUCGUCGUAGAAGGCAAGGAGUUCGAUUUCCACCUUCUCCCGAGCGGCAUCAUCAAUCCGAAAUGCACAUCAGUUAUUGGAAACGGCGUGGUCGUACACUUACCAGGUCUCUUCGAGGAAUUAAAAAAGAACGAGUCCAAAGGCAUGCGGGCCUGGGAAGGGCGGUUGUUUGUGUCCGACCGGGCGCAUAUAGUACUGGACUUACACCAACAGGUUGAUGGCCUACAAGAAGCGGAGAAGGGCAAGAACUCACUCGGCACGACAAAGAAGGGCAUCGGCCCGACGUACUCCUCGAAGGCAUCGAGAAACGGCUUGCGGAUCGGAGACCUGCUGGGAGACUUCGCGCUUUUCGAGGAAAAAUUCCGCACGAUAGCUGCAUCAUACAAGCGGAUGUUCCCAGCCCUGGAGGUGGACAUCGACGCCCAGCUGGCGCAGUACCGCGAGUACGCGGCCAAAGUGCGGCCUCUAGUGCGCGACACCGUGGCCUACCUGCACCGCGCUCUGCGCGAGGGGCAGAAGGUGCUCGUUGAGGGCGCCAACGCCGCCAUGUUGGAUAUCGACUUCGGCACAUACCCGUACGUAACCUCCUCGAACUGCAGCAUCGGCGGCGUAUGUACGGGCCUGGGGCUGCCUCCGAGCGUGAUCGGCAACGUGUUGGGCGUGGUCAAGGCCUACACCACCCGCGUUGGUGACGGGCCCUUCCCUACAGAGUUACAUGAUGAUGUGGGGCGGUUGCUGCAAGACCGCGGGCACGAGGUGGGCGUGACCACGAAGCGCGUGCGCCGCUGCGGCUGGCUCGACCUCGUCGUGGUGCAGUACACCGCCAUGGUCAACGGGUACACCGCGUUGUGUUUGACGAAGUUGGACAUUCUUGAUACGCUUGAAGAGAUCAAGAUCGGCGUGGCGUACAAGCUCAACGGCAAAAAGAUUGACUACUUCCCGUCCUCGAUGACAGAGCUGAGCAAUGUUGAGGUGGAGUACAUAACGCUGCCCGGUUGGGCGUGCAGUAUUGAAGCGGUGCGAGAGUUCAAAGACCUGCCCGAGAAGGCGCGCGAUUAUGUGCGGACUAUCGCUGAAUUCCUUCAGAUACCAGUACAAUACAUCGGCGUGGGACAGGGCCGGGAAAGCAUCAUCCGGAUAGAUUAACGUUGGUGUCAAACAUUCGUUAGUACUUAGCGUCAUUUA